GUUCUCAUCCCACAAACCAAAAUAAACCAGAUUAUAUUUUGAGUUCCUUGCACCAGCAAUAUGAAAACACUUCCCUUAGGGAGGAAUUGCUCUAGAACUCACAUAACCGGGAUGGAAGUCUCCACAUAGAGGAAAGCUUUUCUAGAAAAGUACAGAAUUGAUCCAGAAUGGGAAUGCUUUUUCUGGAUAGGAGAUAACCAGCUUCAGAGUUAAAAAAAAACGUAUGAACAAAUUGCCUGAAGAAUGUUACAAGGAAAUCUUUCCGGAGUAACUGAGUUCAUCCUCGCUGGGUUAACAGACAAACCAGAGCUGCAGCUUCCCCUCUUCCUUCUAUUCCUAGGAAUCUAUGUGGUCACAGUUGUGGGGAAUCUGGGCAUGAUCAUCCUGAUACUGUUUAGUUCUCAACUACACACACCCAUGUAUUAUUUCCUCUGUAGUCUGUCCUUUGUUGACCUGUGCCAGUCCACUGUCAUUACUCCCAAAAUGCUGGAAAACUUUUUGGUCAUGCAGAACAUCAUCUCCUACCCUGAAUGCAUGAUCCAGUUCUUCUUUUUUGCCACUUUUGCUAUUGCAGAGUGCCACAUGUUGGCUGUGAUGGCAUAUGACCGCUAUGUUGCCAUCUGUAACCCCUUGCUUUACAAUGUUGUGAUGUCCUAUCAAGUCUGUUCCUGGAUGAUAUUUGGAGUAUACUGUAUGGCUUUGAUUGGUGCCACAGCUCACACAGUCUGCAUGCUAGGAGUGCAUUUCUGUAAGGACAAUGUAAUAAAUCAUUACUUCUGUGAUCUUUCCCCACUCCUGCAACUCUCUUGUUCUGACACUUUUACUAAUGAAGUAGUAGCUUUAAGCCUCAGUAUAUUUAAUAUCUUUAUUCCAACUCUGACGAUCCUAAGCUCUUACAUCUUCAUCAUUGCCAGCAUCCUCCGGAUUAAAUCCACUGAAGGCAGGUCCAAAGCUUUCAGCACCUGCAGCUCACACAUAUCAGCUGUUGCUAUCUUCUUUAGUUCCCUUGCAUUUAUGUACCUGCAGCCAUCAUCAGUCAGCUCCAUGGACCAAGGGAAAUUGUCCUCUAUAUUUUAUACCAUUGUGGUGCCCAUGCUGAACCCCUUGAUCUACAGCCUGAGAAAUAAGGACGUCAAAGUUGCUCUAAAUAAGUUCCUUAAAAGAAAGUUUUUCUUGUGAACACAAAUGAUUUUUCUUUACACAAAUUCUAGUUUAGAGGCCUAGCAAACAGUUCAGAUGGCUAAGUAUAGCUACCAUAUUAUAUGAGAUUACAACUAUCAAUGUUUAUUUGUCAAGUGUCCGAGGGCAGAUACAGUUUUAGCCAAUGGAACAUAUGAAGAACAACAUCGAUCUGGAAUUCAGAGAACCGAUCUGCUAAUCAUGGCAUGGAUCAUACUAGUCAGUUUGUAGAACCCUCAAAGACUUCAUAUGAGUGAUUCUGUUUUAUUAUGUAGAACAAUGUUCCUCUUAUGCAAGAUAUAUUUAUCCUAUAGCAGAGAGUAAAUACAUUUGGCCAACAUUCUUGGUUAUCUCAAUAUUGUAUGUAAUUAGCCUUUUUAAUGAAAUAUAUUUCUAAGAAUUUUAGAUGUGAUAUCAAAAAAUGAAUUUAUUAAAAAAUAAACUAUGCAAAAUAUAA